AUGGCCGCCUCGCAGCGAGAGGCAAACCCUCUCUCCCCAGAUGAGGAUCGCUCUCCCGCGCCCGCCUCCUUUGCGCUUCCUCGCCAGGGAGAGGCGCCGGGACGCCGACGGUUCCGCCGAGCAGCCGCCGCCGCCGCCCAUCUCUGCGGGCUGCUGCUGAACAGGAAAAGGUAACUCGCCCUCGGCCGGCUCCACUCCGUCUCCCCUUAAGACCCGCAUGCUGAGGAGGCGGGAGGCCAGUUGUUUCAGAACCUUGGCCAAUGGGGGGGGGGAUAGUUGUGCGCUCUGUGCAUGCCCUGGGACUAUUGCACAUACGCGCGCGCGCCUUUCUUUCCGCCCCACGGGAGCCACGGCUAAAGAGAGGCGUUUGCACGACUCUUUUAGUUAAUAAACAAGUUAGGUCAAAAGAUCUAGAACUCCUGACUCGUUGAUUUAGAGCUAGAUUUCAGAGAGCUGACUCCCUGGAAUGGCUGUGGAAAACUUCCCACCCUCCAAAUUAUUAAAUAAACACACAGAUCUCAUACAUUUGGGUGGAUGGUGAAGCUGCAUCUAGGCAGUCUUCUCACUUUGGGAAGUGUUCAGCCUAAUGUUUACUUGGAAGCAAGCCUCACUAGGUUCAGUGGGACUUUGAGAGUCAGCAAAGUGCGUUUAGGGGUGCAUCUUUACGCUGCCACCAUGUUAAGGCUUUCUUCUGAGUAGGCAUGGAUUGCAUUGCGAAUAAACCCAGGAAGUAAGAAAUAAGUCACAGAGUUGGAGGGAAUCCUGAGGGUCAUCCAGUCCAACUCCAUCCGUUCCAUCACCAUCUCUGGGAUGGCUGCUAUUGGGCUGAGUGGAAGGAGGCGUAUCUGAACCCAGAAAGUAAUAAUGAAUUGCAUUCAAAUACAUUUGCAAGCUAGCAAGACCUAUCCCCUGCAACAGCAUACAAAUUGAUAUGCUUAAUUUGACCCAACAACACACAUACAAACAAAACACAUGCAACCUGUCACACCCAGCACCCUCCAGACUCUCACAGCAUCAGCAGAAUAAAAUAUCUGUCUACAUAAUGCUGACACAAAAAGCUUUGCACAUGAAACUGGGAAACACUGGCCUGCGAGCGCUUCAGUUGAAGAACAGCCUUUACCAAAGGUGUCAUGGGCUUUGAAGACACUCGAACUCAGGACGCAAGGAAGAAACGUACUAGGAGGAAGGCACGCUUGGCAAAUCCACACCGUGAUCAACUCCCACCCGGAAACCAAUGUCCCCACUGUGGAAGGACGUGUGAAUCCAGAAUUGGCCUCCGCAGUCACUUACGGACUCAUUGUUAAAACCGUGUUUAUGGAAGACAAUCUUACUUGGCUACGAGUGAUCGCCAAAGAAGAAGAAGACAAGAAUGCAAUUUCACUGUCUUCCCCUUUCCACCCCUCUUUUCCCAUGUCUCUUUUCCGAUAGCCUCAUAUUUCCUAUAACGAUGUCUUACCUCGAAUAUGACUGUUUUGUUUGACUAAUUCAAUGACUUGAAAGCAGAGACUCUGUACAUUCUGUUAUUACCCAGGAAAAUCUUAAUAAAAACAUUUAAAAAUACAGCUUUCAGUAUGUGCUGUUUUGUUUGUUUGUUUGCGUUCCCAUUAUCUUGAGCUCUCACCUUGGUAACUUGGAAAAAUGUACCUCGGCUUAAAUGUCACGUGCAUUGCUGCCUGCAGAAGUUUGUUCCCUACCAUAUUAAAUUACCGGUAGUCUCUAAUUACAGGUAGUGAAAUUCUAUGCUUGUUUAACUCAAAAGAAGAUCCUGCUGAGUUCACCAAUGCUUAUUCUAAAGCAAUUGCACAGAGGAAUGCAGUCUGAUUGCUCUUUUAACAAAUAUUCAGGGAUGCUUGCCUGACCCCAGCCUUCCUCUGCUCCUUGUUUCUACAACUGGUAGUUCUUCCCAGGGAAUUGCAGCCUGGAUGUCAAAGGAGUUCUUAUGGGACCCCAAAACAGUGUGAAGCUUGCAUGCUACUGCUUUGUUACUACUACACCCUGGCUGUGCAUUGACACUGGUUCAUCAGUGCUUUGCUGAACUGUUCAAAAACCAAGGCAUGGCUUCCAAUUGGCUGCAGGAGCUUCCUGCACUCAAUCGAAAGCUGCGUAAGCUGCGUCGGACAUUCGAUUUCCAAAAAACGUUUGCAAACCAGAACACUCACUUGCGGGUUUGCGGCACUCGGGAGCCAAUUUGUUUGGGAGCCAAGCCGUUUGACAACCAAGGUACCACUGUACUGUCAAAGUUUGUUUGUUUGUUUAAUGUACAAAUUACUGAGAUGCAAGAAUAAUGAACAAGUGUUUCACACACUGCCUUUUUUUCUGAAUAAGAUGGACUAACAAAAUGCCAGUUGAAAAUAAUCUGUUAAAUUGAAAGUUUUAAAGUUUGAACACUCUGUAGACUGAAAUCAGCUCAAUAGUUGGUUUUAGUUAGAAGAAUUCGGUGUUUACAGAACUGACAGUAAAACAUACUUAUUCUGGCAAUUUUACCAAUAUGCAAGGAGGGUGAAGCCUCUUGCCAGGGGGGCGGGGAAGGCUAACAACAAGCAAGAAUAUACAAGUAUAAUUUUUUUUUGUUUAUUUAACAAAAUUUAUAUAAUGCUUGAUUGUUAGAAACCUCUAAGCAGUUACAAAAAUUCGCAAUGAAACAUUCAAAUUACUAAUUAAAUACAGGUGUUUCAGAAUAUUCAAAAGAUGAUUCAAUUGUACGCUUUUUCUCUAUGGUUUAAAUAACUUCCUUAUAAUUUACCAAGUUAGCACAUGAGCCCUGUAUCUUUGUAUCUGCCUUAUUUAAGUAUUGCUUUAUCUUCACCUUAUUAUAGCUGUUGUAUGUACCAUUUAUUUAUCUUGAUUAACACUGGGAAAUUUUUGCUGCUCUCAAUAAUUAGAAUUUAUUUUUUUUUAAAAAAAGAAAAGUAUACUGACAGGCAAACCACAAUGUCUUUUGAGAAAGAGCUAAAUACGAAUAAAAAUAGAUAAAUAUUGUGUAAGCUCUUUACUCCAGAAUAGCCAAUGCCACACUUUUUUUUUCUUGUGCAGAUAUAUUGAAAGGAGUCAGGCAGUGCAAUGGGCAACAUUUUACCUGGAGAGGCAGAUGAACUUCAAAAGUGACUUCUUGUUCAAUGUCAGUGAUUAUUCUAAAAAACAAUUUGUGAGUAUUUUUUUUAUGUUUCAUGAAUCCUUAAAUCUCUAAAAGCCUGGUUGCUGUGUCUCUUGCCUGCUAGCCAUAAUCAGUCUGCCAUCCAUUUAUAAUACGAGGAUAGUACUGUACAGUAAUACUGUCCUGUGCUUCAAUACUCUUGUAAGGAGUACUUAGAUCAUAUAUAUAUGUUAAUUGCUUGGAAAACCUGAAAUGUCUUCUCUCUAUCUGGUGCUGUUAUUACUGGGGCAUUUCAGAGCUGAUUAUGGAAUACAAUCUGGGGUGCAAAUGGGCUACAUUUUAUACUCAUACAAGUUUAUUUCUAUAUGAAGAAUUCUGUUAGAUUUAAAUAAUGUUCAAAUUAAAUUAUUUCUACACUGUGUGUUGUUGGGGGAGGGGGAAAUACAAUGAACUGCAGUGCCCUGUUUAGGGAAGUUUUUAAUGUUUGAAGUUUUAUUCUGUUUUUAGUGUUCUGUUGGGAGCCGCCCAGAGUGGCUGGGGAAACCCAGCCUGAAGAGUGGGGUAUAAAUGAUAAAUUCAAGUGCAUCUCUAGGUUUGAAGUCAGCAUGAUUAAUUACCCUGAAUGUUGGAUACAUACCCAGAAAAACUCCAUUCUAGUUUCUGCCAUUGACUGACCCAAGUGUCAGAUCAUAAACUCAGCCUUAUUUCCCUACCUGCAAAGUGGAAGUAAUGGUGCCAAGUGCUAUUUAGGGGAUCGUUUCUCAGUUGUAAGCAUUUGCACGGAACAUAAUAUUUUGUAAUGUCAUGCCCAUUGCCUAUUGCUGGCUGGCAUACCCCAUCCAAAGCACUUAUUUUUCUGGCAGAGCAAAUCAAAUGAUUUGACACUAUUAAUAUAGCACUUUUAUAAUGAACAUUAACAGAUGAGGUGUAAUUCUGUUAACAUUUUUGUUUUUUUAAAAAGUGGAAAAUGUUGUUUUGAUGAGCAAAAUUUAUUCAGAAAAUUUAUUCAGAAAAUUUCUAUCCUUCUCUUAAGUCCAAAGAGUUACAGAUUUGCUCUAUUUUGAUGUUAUUAAUGUCAGGACUAAGUUCAUUACUGGGAGAAGUUAAGGACAUCAAGUUUUUAUUUGGGAACAGAGUGAUUAGAAUAAUGUAGGGCGAAACCUAAAAUUGGAUGUGUUUCUAGUAAACAAUGAGUUGGACCCAGAGAGCCCAUUACAUGAGCAAAAAGAACUUCCAGCUCCAUUUGCCACAGCAUAAGUGUUAUGUUUCUGGCUCUUGUUAAAACCUGUUUUUAUUUACUUGGGCUUUGCAAUCCACUUGCACCUCCUCCAUUCUAGUUACUGUAUAUGCUACUAUUAUAUUAAUCUGCUAUUUAUUGUUAUUUUAUGUGUAUGAUUUAUUUUUAUUUAACUUCUAUGCUGUUCUAUAUUGAAAAUAAAUCUUUAAAUGAUUUAUAUCUAUUUUUUUAUUAAAAACAUUUUAAGCAACACAAUUAAAUCAAAAUAAGGUACAAAAACAACCCCAUAAAAGCAACUCGUAAAUAUCCAAAUACAUCAAAAUGCAACAUAAUUUGUAUUUAUCAAAAAAUAAUAAUAGAUAUUACUGAAAGGCCCUAACAUGUAAUACAACCAGAAAUUCAGGAACCAUGCUAUCAUACCCAGUCACUCAACCACCACUUUUUUUUUGCACCCACCACAUCAGUCCACCCAAUCAGUUUUCACUUCAAUAAAACCCUGAGUAUUUAGCAACCAAUCAUCAUGUAUAUGCAAAUAGGUCCACUGAAGAACAAUCCAAUAAGGGAGUGUGUUUUUGUGUGUGUGUGUGUGUGUGUGUGUGUGUGUGUGUGUAUAAUGACUCAUUUCUACCCCACCACUCACCUGGAACAAUACAAACAUUGUCUCCUCAUUUCUCACCAAAGGAGACUUGAGUCUUUCUUUACUUGUGGAGAGCUGAGCACAUCCACCAAGCACACCUUAGACUCAUGGGGAGCACCCCUGCCAAGCUAACAAAAACAAAACAAAUCUCUCUUAGAGAGCAAGAAUGCUCCAAGAACAAUAGUUUUUAAAAAGACAUGAUCCCAUAGGCUGAAACUGGAUGGUGCUCUCAGGAUCUCCAAGGGGUCUAGGCUAAUUGUGGGAUCAUGUUUGCUAUAGACAGAGCAAUUUUGCUCUCAAAAGUGUUUCACAAAUCUUUCACAGCAGGCUUUGGUUCUGGGGAUGCUUGUUUGGGUAUGAUCUUUGUUAAAUUCAGUGGGUUUUACUUCUAAGAUAUGCAGAGGUCUAUUAUAUAUGUGGAAUGCGUUCUUGAAGAAUUAUGUCCCUAAAGUAUGUUGUAACCCAUUUUUAGAAAACAGUCAAACCAAUACAAAUAUAGAGUUGAAAGAGAUACCCAUGACUGGAAUGAAUGCCUUUAUACUGUGUGUAUAAGUAACUAGGGAAUAGCUAAGCUACAGUCAAUGAAAAGGCUAUUGUAUAAUGUGUGCAUUUUCUUUGUGUAGCCAAAGAAAGGUUUUGAAAAGCUUAAGCGUCUGUUACAUAUUUGUCCAAACCAAAGAAGGCAGGAAGACAUUCUAAAGGUAAGAGAGAAGAAAUACUAUGUAUUGUCAUCAUAUGAUAAUAUUGAUAUUAGUCAUUUUUGUGGUAUUAUUUUAAUUGCACGUUAUUUUGUGAUAUUUUAGUUGAAUGACAGGCUGAAAAUGCAAAUAAUAAAUGAAUAAAUAAAAUAUUUGAAGCAUUAAUAUGGAAAGGCAUGUGCUGAAUUUAUCAUCUUAUAUUUGUAAGUAAUUAUUGCUUUUGUGUAACUAUUUAGCCACAGUACUGCAUUUUGUUUACAAUACUUAUUUAUACAUUUUUUUAAAAAAAGUUCUCUCUCAUUUUGCCCCCAAAUCCCCAAAUAGGUAGCUGACGUUUUAACAAAAGUUCUGUCAAUGUUAAAAGAACAAAUAGUUCCCCCACCCAAUAGCAGAUGAUAACACAUACGGUACAUCCUGGCAGUGGUAAACCAAUUACAGGAGCAGGAAUUGGUUAAGUAGUUGGAAGCUGACAACCAUUUUGUAAAUUAAAGAUAAUAAUACAGUGGUACCUUGGUUCUCGAACUUACUCCGUUCUGGUAGUCCGUUCAACUCUAGAUUCGAAAACCAAGGCACAGCUUCUGAUUGGCUACAGGAGCUUCCUGCACUCAAUUGGAAGCCGCACCAGACAUUUGGCUUCAGAAAAACAUUCGAAAACUGGAACACUAACUUCUGGGUCUGCAGCAUUCAGGAGCCGAUUUGUAUGGAAGCCAAGCCAUUCAGGAACAAAGGUACCACUGUAUAGCCAGUGGGAUCAAAACCUUUGUUGUUUAGUCGUUUAGUUGUGUCCGACUCUUCGUGACCCCAUGGACCAGAGCAUGCCAGGCACUCCUGUCUUCCACUGCCUCCCGCAGUUUGGUCAAAUUCAUGCUGGUAGCUUCGAGAACACUGUCCAACCAUCUCGUCCUCUGUCGUCUCCUUCUCCUUGUGCCCUCAAUCUUCCCCAACAUCAGGGUCUUUUCCAGGGAGUCUUCUCUUCUCAUGAGGUGGCCAAAGUAUUGGAGCCUCAGCUUCAGGAUCUGUCCUUCCAGUGAGCACUCAGGGCUGAUUUCCUUAAGAAUGGAUAGGUUUGAUCUUCUUGCAGUCCAUGGGACUCUCAAGAGUCUCCUCCAGCACCAUAAUUCAAAAGCAUCAAUUCUUUGGCGAUCAGCCUUCUUUAUGGUCCAGCUCUCACUUCCAUACAUCACUACUGGGAAAACCAUAGCUUUAACUAUAUGGACCUUUGUUGGCAAGGUGAUGUCUCUAUCAAAAUCUUACAUCUAUAUAAAUGUGCUUUGGAAUGCGGACCUAAAAUCAGCAUCCUGCAGGACCAGCUUCCAAAGUAGUAUGUCAUGACAGAGAACCACUUUGGCCACAUACUUAUGUUAGAGACACUGGAAAACAUAGUCCUCUUGAGAAAGGUAAGAGAUAGUCUUUAGUCAAAAGCAGCCUUUAGUUAUUUCUGUUUCUAUCAGAGAGUCUCCACUGUUUGUCUAAUAUAGAUUAGAGAUGUAAAAAGCAGGGUUCAAAUUUAAUAAGUGGUGGGCAUCUUUCUUCUCUCCAUCCUCUAAGGGGUUCUAUGGGGAAGUUAUAGUUUUAGCUCUUCCUCCAUAAGCAAGCUGCACAAUCACCUGUCACAUACUAAUGUAUAAAGAAACAUUUUGUUAGCUAUCUGUAAAAUAAACAGGCUUUUAGAGCUCAUAGAUUUUUUUUUGUUUAAGCGUUUCAAUAUAAAAAGCUUUUUUGUAAACGCAAGUCUCAUUGCAAGGCAUCUGACAAAUAUUGACAAAACUUUCUACCUCUUAAAGUUGCAUAACAAAGUGUUGCUUUGUUUAUUAAGGCAGCAAUCAGCAACCUAUGAUGUCUUUUUGCAUCAGAUCCUAUGCCAGAUAUGUAUUUCUUUGACUCAUUAAACAUGUUUUAUAUAAAUAGUUGGGCGUUCCUUUAUCAGUAAUAACAAAACAAACCAUACAUCAACUGAUAGUUGCUAAUGCAGUUACAGUGGUACCUCGGGUUAAGUACUUAAUUCGUUCCGAAGGUCCGUUCUUAACCUGAAACUGUUCUUAAGCUGAAGCACCACUUUAGCUAAUGGGGCCUCCUGCUGCUGCCACGCUGCCAGAGCACGAUUUCUGUUCUCAUCCUGAAGCAAAGUUCUUAACCUGAAGCACUAUUUCUGGGUUAGCGGAGUCCGUAACCUGAAGCGUAUGUAACCCGAGGUACCACUGUAUUUAGAUUUUUUCUAAAAUUGUAUAAUAAUAAUAAUAAUAAAUUUAUUAUUAAUACCCUGCCCAUCUGGCUGGGUUUCCCCAGCCACUCUUGUAAACCAGUUGCCCACUGCCACUUCCUUUCCACCCUGCAAUCUCCCAGGCAGGGCCAGCACAAGACAGUUUGGCACAUGGGGCAAACUACAAAGAGCCAUGCCCCCAUCAGGGUAGAAGGGAGGGAAUGAAGCUCUUCAUUAGGAACAGGGUGUGUGGGGAGUGAAGAUCUACAUGGGAUGUGUUCCUUGGAGGCUGGAUCUGCUGCCCCUGUUGCCCCACCAUGCCUCAUGGGAGGGCUAACCCUGCUCCCAGGUCCAGGAGGCAAGCAGAAGUGAGAAGAGGGAUAGAGUGGCUUGCAACCAGAACAGGGUAAGUUGCCACCCUUUGAGUAAUUAGUUGCAAGGCUGGACAGAUUUUAACCUUGGGUUCUGCCUGGUUGUACCGUCAUGUGAAAGACAAAAAUCCCAUGACUGCAAACAUGGAGCAGGAAUUCUAACAGUUAGAUGCAUACUAAGUGAUCUUCUUUUGCUUAUCACAUUGUGAUAUUCCUUGAAGCUUUAAUGAAAGAAGGAAAUGUGAGCCCUACCAUACCCCACAAAUUAUUAGGCAAUCUCUGGAGUUCAGAAAUUAUAUUUUAGGGGAUGACACUAAUGGCUUUACUAAGUGACUCAACGCCAGCUUCUUACCCCUUUCCAAUAACAAUCUUGUAGCACAGAGUUGGAGAGAAUGUUAUAAAUUAUAGUUAAGGGGAAGUGUAUUGAAAAGGUGUUAGUAGCCUAUGGUCUAUAGAAAAAGGAGAUGUGAAAAACAAGUCCGGCAUAUUUAGCCAGGCAGACUGAGGUGGGGGGGGGCAUGGACAGCUGUUUUGGCACAUGAAAGUAGAAUCUCAGUAAAUUGGAAGCCGUGUUAUUGAAAAGAUUUUGGCAGGCAGAAAUAAAUGAGCAGUGACAUGGGUUUGAAUGAUAACGGGAUCACUGUACAUACGACUGGUCCUUGCCACAUUAAAACCAGUGAUUUUGGUGUGCUGUGCAAUUAAGGAUUUGACAGCUCUUCUGGGGGACAAAUCUGCUCAUUCAGCUCAUUUAAAUUUCAUGUGUUUGCAUAUUCUAUAAUUCUGCCUCAGCGUCCCCUCUGUCAAUGGAAGUACCCGAUAUUCCUUUAUUCUACAUAAAUGCUGUGAGGAUAAAUAGUGUGAUUCAAAGAUAAAAGAGAAUACUACCAUUUGGGACAGUACUGUGGGCAGAUAGGGUCUUUAACAGCUGUAUAGAAAAGAUAAUUUCAGCAGGUGUAACUUACAUGAUGGUGGACUGCAGAGUCCAGUAAUGACCAGGACACUGAGUCAGAGAUUAUAGCGCUACCAGCUGAGCACAGUUUAUGUUGGUGAUUAGCUGUGGGUUAAACCACAGAGCCUAGGACUUGCCGAUCAGAAGGUCGGCGGUUUGAAUCCCCGCGACGGGGUGAGCUCCCGUUGCUCGGUCCCUGCUCCUGCCAACCUAGCAGUUCGAAAGCACGUCAAAGUGGAAGUAGAUAAAUAGGUACCGCUUUGGCGGGAAGGUAAACGGCGUUUCCGUGCGCUGCUCUGGUUCACCAGAAGCGGCUUAAUCAUGCUGGCCACAUGACCUGGAAGCUGUAUGCCGGCUCCCUCGGCCAAUAAAGCGAGAUGAGUGCCGCAACCCCCGAGUCGGCCACGACUGGACCUAAUGGUCAGGGGUCCCUUUACCUUUUAAACCUGAGCUGGCUGGCAGAACACUGAACUAUACCCCACAGCAGUAGGACUGAAAGAACUAGAACCAGUACACUCAUCAGCAGCUUCCUUCAGGCUUUGAGGAACCAAGUUCCUCCCAGUAUGAUAGCACAGGGAAUGCAGUAGUUGGAGCGCAGAAAAAGUGCCCAUCUCUGGGACAGAAGGCUGGCUCUUGUCUCUAGCUCUCUGAAACAGAGUGGACUGUAAUCAGAGGCUCAAAAGGCCACAAUUCACUUCCAGUGCUUGCUGCAGCAAGUUGUUCACAGGAAGCUCUCUUUGGUGCUGCAAUAACUGACCUGCCUCGCCCUGUGGGCUCUAUGAGAACAAAAUAAAACACCUCCCUCAUGUCUAAAUGAAGAGAUGGAAGUGUAAGCCAAAUGCUCUUUGUGGCUCAUUCUUGAAAUGCCAAAGUGUAGUUCAUGCCUGAAUUGUGCCUGCUGCAAGGAAAAAAACAAAAUAUAAAAAGGAGAAUUCCUGGAUGCCAAGAUCCAAGUUUGGGGCAAGUGCUCUUUGAUGAGAGAACCCCAGCAAAGAUUUAAAAUCACAAAAUAGUCAGCAAACUAAAAUGUGGAAAUAUAGGUUGUUAGACCUUAAAAUAUGACCUUCCAAAAUUCCCUAUUAGGGAAGUUAAAAAUGGUUUAUUUACAUACUCUCCAAAGCUCAGAUUCAGGUGCUUUUCCAUACAGCAUUCAGAAAAAGUUGCACAGGCAAUAAAACUUGGCUUAGUUACAGUGGUGGAAGUUUGUAAAUUAUUGUUCUAGGAAUUCAAGAGUGGCUUGUAAGAACUAUGUUGUCUCAGCUUGGAGCAACCAACUCAGUCCUCUUUAUACAUUACGUUUCUCAUGUAGGCUGGGAAAGAAUAAUAGGCCUGAUUACCUAGUUCCUCCCAAGCUGGGUGGGAGUGAGUUAGCUAAGCCUGGCAAGACAGCUUACUCUAUGGUGUUAACCCCUUCAUGUAUUAAGUAGACUUAAGCAUGUUGGUUAUAUGAGGUUGGUUAUCCCAUAAAUUGAGCCACGGUCUUCAAGACAGAAAGCUUCUAGUGUUGCAUGAGCAGCACACAGUUAAUACAGCGGCAUCCACGAGCCCAGCUUUUAAGUAUAAAAUAUUCUCUUCUUCCAGAUACAAGCAUGUUUGAAGACAAACAGAGCCUUUCAGUGCUUGCCUAGCGAAACACAACUCCAACUGUGCCAAGCUUUCAUCUACCAAGAGUAAGUAAGAAGCCUGGGCGCUACCUGUGUAUUGAGGAUGGGAUCCAUUCCAUAAGCUUCCUUCAGAAAGCUGGGUCAGAAGGUGAACAUUUUUCAACAAGGCUGAAAUCCUUUUGAUUAAAUAUUUAUCAUACUUCAGAAAUGCCCUGCCCUGUUAAAACAAAAUAUUGACAAGUGGAAGCUACAUAAUUCUUCUCUGGUAUUCUAUGAUUUCAACAAGGAGCCUUCUAAUGGAGAGCUUCUGGACCUUUGGUGACUAAGACAAAAUAAAGCAAAACCCAAUUUAGUUAAUAGGAACUGCUGCUCUCACAGAAUAAUUUACAAAGCUGCAUUAAAAUUGCACGUUUUACAGCCCUUACUGUGUAAAAUAUGAAUCAUGCUUUUUAAUUCUCGCCACACUUAAUUGAACAAGGGAAAUAAUAAUCCUCAUUUUAUACACAGAAAAAUGUUGGGGUGAAGACAGAUGUUACUUAAGGAUACAAGCCAUGGCAGGCUCUGCACCUGUGCUGUGAGCCUAGCUUUGUAAUUUGCAUGAUAGGCACGCAUAUCCAUGGCACAAAUCUCUGAUCAGUCUUGUCACUCGUAUUCAGAUAGUCUGCCUUCUCUAAAAAAAGAAAAGCCCAUUCCAUAUAUGUUUAUCUGUUCGUCACUCAUUUAUUUUUUAAAGAAACAUGCAUUAUUUGAAAAGUCUUGCAAACCUGCAAACACUACCAAAUAAGUUCUCUCCAAAGGUGUAUCUUUUUAAUUCAAUCUGCACCGCACUGCGUAACUGUACACACUUAAAAUCGUUUACAAAGUAGUAAAACUGCCUCUGCCAUUCUUGUAGCCGUGCCUUUGUAAACAAGACUCAGCAACUGGAAGUGACUUGUAUAUAUUCACAUAUCCAGGAAAUUUCAGGGGUGCUAUUUUAAGCCAUUUCCUAAAUUGCAUAAAUGGGUUACUAAUUAUUUCCAGGAUUCAGUCAGGAACAAGGAGGGUCAGUCAGAAAGAGAGGAUGGGACUUGUUAAAAUUUCUGAAUUCUCCAUUUCCGGUACCUACCAAGCAUAUGGGAAGAGGGUCUGGGAACACUUUAUCAGGUUCUAGAGUGACUCAGGCCGAACUGAAAGUCCAUUACAGCGAAGGAAAAAGUAGGACUGAAUUAUGCUUGAGGAUUUUUAUGUACAGUUAAUAGCAACUCUGAGCUAAUGUCAGUGUACUGGAAGAAGCAAAGAUCACCAGUGUCGAACGAAUGAAUCUUCAACGUCAACUUCAUUGGACCGGUCAUGUGGUUUGGAUGCCUGAUUAUCGUCUUCCAAAGCAACUACUCUAUUCCCAACUUAAGAAUGGAAAGCUAAAAGGUUGGUGGAUAACAAAAGAGGUUUAAGGACUCUCUCAAAGCAAAUCUUAAAAAAUGCAGUAUAAGCACAGAUAAUUGGGAAACUGGCCUGCGAGUGCUCUAGUUGGAGAAUAGCCUCUACCAAGGGCAUCAGGAACUUUGAAGAGGUACAGACUCAGGAUGCAAGGGAGAAACAUGCUAAGAGGAAGGCACGUUUGGCAAACCCUCACCAUGACCAACUCCCGCCUGGAAACCUAUGUCCCCACUGUGGAAGGAUGUGUGGAUCCAUAAUUGGCCUCUACAGUCACUUACAGACACACUGUUAAGACCAUGUUCAUGGAAGACAAUCUUACUUGGAUAUGAGUGAUCGCCAAAGAAAGAAAGAAUAGUAACUCUGAAUUCUGAACAGCAAGUUGCUGGUGCAGAACUGUGUUACAAAUUUGUACUGGAGCCAGAGCAAUUUUAUAUGAGCACUGCCUGUUGAUUUUAGUUCUUAACCAAUAUAGUCACUACUACCACCAGUAGUGAUGUAGAUGCUGGUGUUGUGGGAGCAGCCUAUGGAUAGUGUCAGUGAGGUUUAUGCAGGCUUCCAGGGGUCUGUAAGUGGCCCUAUAAGUGGUCUGAUUGAUACACACACACACACACACACACACACACACACAGUCUCCUGCCUGAAAAUGUCCCACACUAAUUUACUUCUUCAUUUGGCUGAUAUAAAAACGCCUACCAGUAGAAGUCUUAUUAAAAUCAAUGAUAUACCAACAGUAAGUGGUCAUUGGAUUCUUCAUUAGUGAGAAGGCUAAUAUUUUUUAUUCUUUUACUUGCACUCUAAGAUGGUUCUGUGGUUAGGAAGAUCCACUCAUAGGAUAAUAAAUAUUUUUUAAAAUGAUAUUCACGCCUUAAUGAAGGUUUUCGUUUUGGUCACCAAACUACUAAAAGCUGCACACACAUGCCUUUAUUUUACCUGCAGUAAUUUCUGUUGAUGUUGUUAUAUUUUCAAAACAGGUAUGAAGCUGGGACAAUUAUUAUCCGUCAAGGACAUGUAGCAACGGAAUGCUAUUUAGUGUUGUCUGGCAAACUGAAAAUCAUUAUAGAUGAUGCAACGAUUUUAACCCCUGAAACAUUAUAUGAAAUUGAAGAGGGAAAUUUUAUAGGGGUAACUAUUGCCGUCCGUGUAUUGUCAAACAAUUUGUGGGAAAGGCUGCUUUUCAGUGUAGAGAUAUGAAAGAGAAGCUCUUCAGUGAUAUUUUCUUUUUCUGAUAAUUCUAAUUACAUGUUUUAAAUAACAAUUACCUCUCUACUCAUGUGUUUUCUAGAUGUUUUCUCAGUUGGGUGUCAGAGGUAUUGUUUGUAGCUACUUCUAUAUUCUAAUAUACUGUAAUUCUGGUAGUAAACUCUUGCACAUACUUCUGUGCGAUCCUACAUGAAGAUAAACUUGAAACUCUUUUUAUUCCCCAAAGGAAACCUGCCUGUUGACUAAUACAAGACGCCCUGCUUCAGUUAUAUGUAAAUCUGAUUCAGAACUUGCUGUGAUUGACAAGGAGGUAUGUACACAAAUCACCCCAUUCAAACGGCACAUGCAUUUAUUUUGACUUACAGUGAAACGAACUGAUUUUUCCUGUAAAAGGCUUUAAAUAAACUUCACAAUAUUGUUGUAUUAAAAUUUGCCAGUGAUGAGUCGAAUGCCAGACAAACUAGCAAGAUGUGACAUCACAAAACUAGAUAAAGAACAAUAUAUAAACAGUUGUCCCUACAAGGACUGAGCCAGUCAGGAAGAUGCAGGCAGAAGCAACAAACUGGGAUUCUUGUACUUCUUUUGGCCUGCCCAUCUCUGCAAGUGAUUUGCUUGAAAAAUGGUUCUAGACAGGCGAAUAGCUCCACUUCUUGUUUGGCAGGCACAACCCCAAUCAGGAUAUGAGAAGUUCCCUCUCAUUUUGCGUUCAAAGAAGUGGCUUAAUGGUUGUCCCAAGUGUCACCCCUUCUAUAGCCAUCUUCUGUUGUUGCUGUUCUAGAGCAGUCCUUACUAGGAGUAAAUCCAUUGUUAAAUUGUUCCAGUUAUGAAUAUUUGUUUCCAUCAUAUGCCACAGCACGGUUUCAAAUAGCAAUAGACAGGGCAGCCUUGCAUUCUCAUGACAGCGGAUAUAAAUAUGGGGGUGAACAAAAGAAAAAUACAUAAUUGGCACAGGAGCAUCUAUCAUUAGCAGAAAAUGCAGGUCAGCUAACAUCACAUAGAUUCAAACGAUAAUCGUGCACAUGAGGAUAAACACACUUCAGUCUUGCCUUAGCACCGGCUAUCAAAAUGCCACCUUAUUUUCAGUCGCAAACAAGUUCUAUUUUGCAGAGUUGGCCUGUGCUGAUGGUUCUUCAACAGCUGGUGGAGAAAUGUAUUUUAAACUGAUUGAGUUAUAGGCCAAGAAAACAAUUUUAACCUUUGUGGCAUAUACAAGAGCCUCAGAUUAAAUGGGAACCAAAUCAAAUUAAACAGGACUUCCUUCAAAGUAAAGAUGUGUAGGAUGACACUAUAGAAAUUCUCUUCAGCAUGUUGUCACCCAUCAUCUGCUUAUGAUACUGUACUGAAGAAAACCAUAUGAUCUAAUCUGUAUUGGCAGGUGAAUUACAAUUUGUCAUAUGAAGAACUCUAAUGUCGAAGUUCUUGCUUGUUUUUACAAGAGCAGUUUUUUUACUGCUGGGUCUUGGGCACAUUAUACACUCAGUUUCAUGAGCAAAAUAGGUGAGAAAUCUCUCUUGGCGAUAUGAAUGGCUGACUCAAGCUAGGUAUUUAAGUCAUGAAUCUGUGAUUUGUGGGUACUGAUAUCUUAUGUAGAAGCAUCUGCCAUUCUCUUCAUCUACACCCUCCCCAUUGUACUCUUCAUUUUUCUGGCGAAGGAGGAAUGAGUAGUAUUAAUUGUAGUAGGACGUAACAGGUAACACGCCUUUAAUAGCUGCCAUAUAACGUUAUUAAUAUUAUGUCCAGAUUGCAAUCCUGUGCACACUGUCCAUAGGGCAAGCUUCAUUGAACACUUUGGGACUGACUUCUGAAUGGACAUUCAUAAGAUUUUAAAGCAGUAACAGGGAUAGGAAAAGGGACAGAAUUAUCAGGUUCUGGUUUUUUUAAUGGACACAAGGAAUGUUACAGGAUUUUUUCCACUCAUGAAAGAAUGUACAGUGGUACCUCGGGUUACAUACGCUUCAGGUUACAUACACUUCAGGUUACAGACUCCGCUAACCCAGAUAUAGUACCUCGGGCUAAGAACUUUGCUUCAGGAUGAGAACAGAAAUUGCACAGCAGCAGCGCGGCGGCAGUGGGAGGCCCCAUUAGCUAAAGUGGUGCUUCAGGUUAAGAACAGUUCCAGGUUAAGAACGGACCUCCAGAAUGAAUUAAGUACUUAACCCGAGGUACCACUGUAAUGUGUUUUAUGGAAACACAUUGCUGCGUGAGUAAUAGAGUAUUAUGCACAUUUAUUGCAUUAUCUUCCUAACCUCCUAUGUACACAAGGUAACGUCAAAUUUUCCAAAUAAGGAGAUCAUUGCCAGCCUUUCCCCCUCCUUUUCACUUAAGUAUCAGCAAGGUGCUAUAUAACCACAAAUUCCAGUUGCUUGAAGUGAAAAACAGAAAUGAGAAUUACCUUUUCCAAAUAUUUUAAGAAUGAGAACUUGCUUGAUUUUCCUGGCUUAUUAAGUUCUGGGAAGAAAAACAAUGCAUUAACAAUUAAUACUGCAACCUUGCUCCUUACCUUCAGGUAAGGCCUGAUGAACAUAAAGAAUACAAUAUAAAUAAUACUUCCAAAUAAAUAAGGAUUAAGCUGCACCUCACUUUGAAAUUGCUAGUAAUCUGGGAAGGAUAUACUAAUCAUUCGUAUUUUAACUUUGAAACUGUCAUGCACCUGUUAAAAAAAAAGUCUAUUAAGAGUCCUUUUUUGUUUUUAAAAAUGAGAGAAGGGUAAAACGUAUUUUAUUAAAUGAACUUUGUGAGAGAUAUAGUUCAUGAUGGUAGCAAUGCAAGUGUUAAAACAGAAAUUCUCAUUUUAGCAAAAAAGGUGUAAGAGGUCUGAUGCAAAGUCUGUAGCAGAGGAAUGGCGUAGAAGAAUGCUACUGGAAUUUUGUGUUCGUCGGUAGAAUCCUCCAAGCAUGUUACACAUCCAUCCUUAAAUUUUAGUGGAACUUGUGUGGUAUUCGCUUCUAAUCACCACUUAGAAACAAACUGAGACGGUCCGGCAGCAACAGUAGAUGAAGGCUUGUGUGCACUAUAUGUUCUUUAUUUAUUGCAUUAUGAAAUAUAUCUCCCUUGAAUAAUUAGAUUUUAGCAGGUUAUCUUCUUCCGAGAAAGGGAGAGUGUUUGCCAGUCACCUAUAGGAACGUUUAGCUCCACUAACCUUUAUGUAUUAUUAAUAUUUUAGACUCAGCAGUGCCUUCAUUCCUCUUGUUUUAUAUUGCAAGAGACUGAAGCUUAAACUCUAUAGGAAUAUGCCUACUUAGGGGAAUUGAAUAAUGGAAUAAAGAAAUAAAAAGGUACUUUAAAAGCCUUCUAAACUCCUGGGGCUGGGGGGAAGGAGGAGGCCUUUAUAAAUGUUUUCACUUCACAACUGCAAGUAGUGCAAAUGAACAGCAAAGAAACAAAAUUCAUGGGCUUUUUAAAGGAAGUUGACAGUAUUACCCAAGAUGAUUUACUAUCCUGGCACUUAGGUGUAGAUUAGAGCUACUCUGUUCAUCAAAAUUACAGUCUAAGCCUGACCUAGAGGGAACACUUUUUAAAACAGACACAUAUUUAUCAUUUAGACAGAACAACCCUUCAGCAUUUUACAACCCCCUCAAUGUCUGAAUUUCAGGAAUUCAUUUCUAUUCCACACAAGAACACCACCGGGCUCCUCCAGAUGACCUAUUAAUUCGGUAUUCAUCUUAACUUGCUUCCACAAAGCUUACGCGAUAGGGAGACUAUCUCUGGUCUUUGCUGAGCAUUUGUUCUGAUUUGCUUAGAACAAUGAGCAGUCAUUUUGCAUCCAACAUAAUUUGCUUGCAGGGUGUUCCCGUUAAUCAUUUGUUCAUUCCACCACUUUCCCCAUCACUUUCCUAACUGGAAAAAGUCUGGGGGAAUUUUUGUUUUGAUUUUUGAAGUGGGUUUGUUGCACUAGGGUAACAAAGACUUUAAUUGUUUUAAUUGCAUCCACCUAAAGUUGCAUUUCCUGCCAACCUAGCAGUUCGAAAGCACAUCAAAGUGCAAGUAGAUAAAUAGGUACUGCUCAGGCGGGAAGGUAAACGGCGUUUCUGUGUGCUGCUCUGGUUCACCAGAAGCGGCUUUGUCAUGCUGGCCACAUGACCCGGAAGCUGUCUGCGGACAAACGCUGGCUCCCUCCGCCUAUAGAGCGAGAUGAGCGCUGCAACCCCAAAGUUGUCCACGACUGGACCUAACGGUCAGGGGUACCUUUACCUUUAAAGUUGCAUUAUGCACUUGAGCCUCUCCCACAAAUUAUGGAUUGUCUAUUAACAAUUUAAUAUUGCUUUGUAUUAUAUUAUUGCUGUAAUACAAAGAACUGUAACAUAAAGAACUGUCUUUGAAAAGCAGGGAUACUUUGUAGGUGUGAGGCAGGCCCAGUCUUCAAAUCACUAUCUUAAUGAUAAAGCACCUUAACACUUGGCUUGAAAAUAUCAUUCUUGUGUAGUGUUUUAUUUCUAAAAAGGCAUGGGACAGAAGUCUGCUUGGAAACCGUAUUUACGUGCCUGGAAACCCUGUUCCAUAGUCACAGCUGUCUGAGAGCUGGCUUUGGCUUUUCUGUGGUACAAAAUAAUAAUAAUACUCUGUUUCACAUGUUCAAAACCCUGGCUGAGACCUGCCUUUGAAACAGAUUCUGGGGCUGAGCUCUGACCAUCCCUGCUUCAAAGUAAGUCUUGCGUAAGUAGUUCAUGUCGUGCCAUGCUGACUGUUAAGAUGAGGAAGAGCUAUCUAAUAAUUAGACUGGAUUGACAUUAAGUUGAUGUAUGUUUUAUAGAGGUCUAUUAAUCAGAGCUUGAUGGAUCCCGGAAGUUUAUUCUUCAAAACACUUGGAUGGAGAGUUGUUUAGAGACACUUAACUAAAAUUGUUUACUAAUGUUUUAUGAUUCAUCUCAUAAAAUCCCUGUCCUGUGGACUUGGAAAGCCUGCUGUAUUUAAAAGAUAAAUGGUAAAAGCUGGAUUUAUCAUGUCUUCUCCCUAUGAAUCGGAUUAAAUCAUCCAGCAUAGUGCUCCUUGCAUUCAUGCAGCUCUCAGUAGGCUAUACUGGGCCACCUCUCAGUUUAAUUACCUUGCAGGGUUAUUCUGGAGAUAAAAUGAGCAGCUGGAAAGAACCAGGAAAGCCAGCUGAGCUCAAAUGGAGGAUGUACGGAAUCAUAGAAACAUGAUUAACAGAAUAAAUGAAUUACGGUAGUUUUGCUUCUUUCUCGUUAUUCUGAAACCCCAAUCAAGUUGAAUAACAAUACUUUUCCAGCUCUUUCUCUCAUGCCACUAAAAAACCUCCCUCUCUUGAAUUUUGAUGUUUAGAAGAUGUGACUGCAAAUUGCCCAUAGUGACCCUACCGCCUCCAAACUUUGCAUACCCACAAAAAGACCUACAGUAUAUCGUUGAUUUGACACAUUAGCCCUAAUGGCAGCUGGAUUCCAAAUAGCUUGAUUCAGUGAAAGUGGGACAGACAGUUCAUUGUGUCGUAAAACUGAUUUAGGGCUUUGCCACUAGAAACUAUAGACUGGGUAAAUCACAAUUAAAUGCAGUCCUUUUGUUUCGUUCUUUUAAAAGUUGCUUGCACAUGGAAUAACAGAUGUCAUAAAGACAUGUAACCUAACUUCUCCGACAUGCUAAGAGUUUUGUGUGUAAAAUAUGAGAGGAGCACUAAAACUAGAGACCUCACACUUGCAGAUCUGAAGUGGUACAGUCCAGGAAUAGUUUUACAUUGUUUUCUAUAAUGGAGUUUAAACAUAGGAAAAUGAUGUGACAAUAUAUUAGUUUACAUACACAAUGUCUCACUUAACUUUUGAUGCUUUAUUCCUAUAUCACUUUCCUUUGUGAAAAUAUCAGCUCAUGUUCUGAUUUGAGUUGUCAACACAUUCAGCAUAAACCACCAGGAAUGGAAGCUGUGCGAGUUUAAUAUAAUUAAAUGAGAGUUAUACAACACUUAAGCCGAAUUUGUAUUAAAUUGUGUUCUGCAUUCUAAAAAUUACCUUGCAAGCUGAUAAACAUCUUCCUGUGGUUAACUACAAGUUACAAAUUGUGAAUCGGCAAUAUAAUUUUAUGAUUGUUACUGAGGAAAGAUACUUCCAAGAGAUGAAAAUGAGCUUUCAGGGAAAACAAAGGGUUGGAUUUUCUUCCCUUCAGUCUCUAAUCCCAUUCUGGUUUGGAUCCAACAUGCACUUAAAUGUACUGGAAACGAAAGCUGGUGGUUUCUCUCUUGCACGCGGGUACAUUUAGGGUCCAUUAGCACAUAUUGUUCAUAUAUUCCUGUAAUGAUUUCCAUGCAGAAGCGCUGUGUGCGAAUUGUAGCGGCGAAGAAACACUAUGCUAGUAAGCCUAAGGCUGCAAUCCUGCACCUACUUUCCAGGGAGUAAGCCUCAUUGAACUCAAAUGGAUAGAGAGAUAGGAUUGAUCUCUGGGAGCAAAAAUUAAAUGGAACAAAAACUUCUGGGAACAUUUGUGUCAUGUUGAGCUGCCUGCAUUUACACCAUUCACACAGUGCGUUUGCACAGGAAUCCCCCCUGUGGCAUGAGCUGUGGAAACAGAUAAGGUAACAUUUGGGGCUUGGAAAGCCACUACAGUGGUACCUUGGGUUAAGAACUUAAUUGUUCUGGAGGUCCGUUCUUAACCUGAAACUGUUCUUAACCUGAGGUUAGCUAAUGGGGCCUCCUGCUGCCACUGUGCCGCCACCGUGCGAUUUCUGUUCUCAUCCUGAAGCAAAGUUCUUAACCCAAGGUACUAUUUCUGGGUUAGCAGAGUCUGUAACCUGAAGCGUCUGUAACCCGAGGUACCACUGUACUCACGUUAAGUUUUCUGGGAAAAUAAAUGUCAGGGCAGGGCCAGAAGAGCCAUGACUUUGAAAACUGCACCCUGUCAGAACUGUUUCUCUGUUGGGCACUGGGAUGCCUGCAGAGUGGGAUUUUGUGCCUCCUGGUGCCAAAGGAAGGAAGUACCACCCAAAAGGAAAUUGUCUGCUCUCCAUCUCUUAUAGAGUGUCGGUUUGUUUCCUGCCUUCUCUCAAAGCAGAUAAUUUUUUCAUAUUUGAUGCGACCUCUUUCUUCUAGCCUCUUCCUCUGUCUACAGUUGUGCCUGCAAUGCUCACCCCACUCUCCUCUCAUCUUUUUAAUGUAUUAAUUGCUCCCUCAGUAACAGCCUCCUCUUGAGUACUCUCGGUUUAGGGGCAGCCCAUUGUGCUUGUCUGUAUUUUGUCCUUCCCUUUUUUUACAUUUAUCUGCUAUGUUCCAUCCCAAACAUGCCAGUUUGUCAUUGUCCUUGCACCUCAGCCUCUGCUUCCCCAACUUUUGUCUUCUGUGUUCUUUCUCAGCUGUCGAUUGUAAGUCAUUAUGCCAAAAGCUUUGAAAAAUAUACCGUAUUUUUCGCCCUAUAGGACUCACUUUUCCCCCUCCAAAAAUGAAGGGGAAAUGUGUGUGCAUCCUAUGGGGCGAAUGCAGGCUUUCGCUGAAGCCUGGAGAGCAAGAGGGGUCGGUGCGCACUGAGCCCUCUCGCUCUCCGCAAGCCUUGGGAGCCCGGCGUGACUUCCCGCCAGGCUCCCUAGGCUUGCGGAUAGCAGCCUGUUCUGGGGGCUGGGGUCGGGGGAAGCUCGGGCUUCCUGGGGGGGGAAUAUAUUUUUUUUCUUUAUUUCCCCCCCCCCCAAAAAAAAACUAGGUGCGCCCUAUGGGCUGGGGCGCCCUAUAGGGCGAAAAAUACGGUAUUUCUCAUUGUGGUGUUUGCCCAUUCUUUGGGGAUACAUUUAUAUUGGGGGAGAGAAAGGGUUAAUAGGUUGACCAAUAAGAAAGCCCGGAGGCGGUGCCUACCUGAUUUUAAGAUUUUAAGAGGUUUUGACAAUGAGUUCGGUUGGUUCUUUUGGGAGGGGAGAUAGAGGAGUCAGAGUGAGUUAGAGACAGGGACAAGACGGAGAGGGAAUAGUGUGACAGCAUUUCGAAUAUAUUUUAAAACUUGUUUGUGUUUGAAAUAAACUUUAAUCUUCAUUGUUAACUCUACCUGACUAAAACUCAGUACACUGGGGAGCCCUGGGUUUUCCCCCACACCCGUGGUCCUCUUAGUGCUUCAGGUUAAGAACUUUGCUUCAGGAUGACAACAGAAACUGCGCGGCGGCAGCGGUAGGCUCCAUUAGCAAAAGUGGUGCUUCAGGUUAAGAACAGUUUUGGCUUAAGGACGGACCUCCAGAACGAAUUAAGUACUUAACCCGAGGUACCACUGUUAUUGAAUCUUCUGUUAAUGGCUGGAGGAAUUAGAACUGCAUUUGACAGAAAUUUACUCUGAUUGGUGUAUGCGGGGGGCGGGGACUGUGUGCAGCAGAAACAAACAAAAAGGCGAGAGAGCAGUAUUCAGCAAUUCCAUGCCCUAGAAAGUGAGAGGCUCCUCUAAUGUGUGUUAAGUGUUUGUUUCUCAGAGGAAACAAGAGUUAUCAGGUCAGGAAGGUGAAAAAGACUUCUGGAAAAAGAUCACCCCUUCCAACGCUGCUUACGUCAAAAUGAACAUUUAAAGAAGUGGAAUAUUAAUACUUAUAGAAUUUCUUCAUGCAUUUUUAAUAACUCCUAGCUUUUGUAGCUGAAUCUGUAGUGAAUGAAGGUACAAGAGGUUGAGUCAUCACAUUGGUAACUGGUGCCAACUUCCAGGCAUUAACUUUAAUUAUUUAUGGGUUUUUUGCUGAUAGAAGUUAUGGCACAUUUUAGAAAGUGAAGAUUCUGCCUUGCUCAAGCAAAGGCCUAUCACCUGGCUCAGUGGCUGAGGUUAACAGAGGGAGAAAUGCUGCCUUCACUUUUGCCAUCAAAUCAGAGCUGCUUGUUUGUAUCUUUGCCUUUUUUGGUCUGGUCCAUAAUCAGUAAGUAGUAAUACUGUUUCCUGAUAUCUUAAUCAUAAUUAAAGGAUUGAGAGCGAUCCACAAUGUUCUCCUUCCACCUUUCUGCCAUGCAAAACCCCCAUUCCCUUCCCUAUAUUAUCCAUGACGUAAUGUUGCAUAUAAAGGUAAAGGUAAAGGGACCCCUGACCGUUAUGUCCAGUCGUGGCCGACUCUGGGGUUGCGACGCUCAUCUCGCUUUAUUGGCCGAGGGAGCCGGCGUACAGCUUCCGGGUCAUGUGGCCAGCAUGACUAAGCUGUUUCUGGCAAACCAGAGCAGCGCACGGAAACGCCGUUUACCUUCCCGCCGGAGCGGUACCUAUUUAUCUACUUGCACUUGGAUGUGCUUUUGAACUGCUAGGUUGUCAGGAGCAGGGACCGAGCAACGGGAGCUCACCCUGUCACGGGGAUUUGAACUGCCGACCUUCCGACUGGCAAGCCCUAGGCUCUAUGGUUUAACCCACAGCGCCACCUGUGUCCCACAAUAUUGCAUAUGCUCCGUGGCUAAUGCUAAGCUCCUUCUGAGCCCGGGGUCAGGAUGGCAUGCACCCAGACAGGCGCAGCCAGUGCAGGUGGUUUGUGGCUGUAGUGGCAGCAUGGUCAGGGGGCUCACUGUGCCUGCCUUUCUCCCUCCUUCCCCCAGCUGCUGCCAAGUGCCUGCAUCUCCUUUGCCAGCUGCCGCUAACCAGGUGCACUUGUCAGCACUCUGGCUGUAACUGCAGUAUUUUGGGGGCUGGCCCCCAGGGGGAUGCUGUCCCUGCUGCAGGAAGGCGCUGUCUCCCCUGGCUCUCCCAACUGCCCGCUUCUGCUUAGCUGCUGUUGUUUAGUUGUGUCUGACUCUUCGUGACUAGAGCACGUCAGGCACUCCUGUCUUCCACUGCCUCCCGCAGUUUAGUCAAACUCAUGCUGGUAGCUUCGAGAACACUGUCCAACCAUCUCGUCCUCUGUCGUCCCCUUCUCCUUGUGCCCUCCAUCUUUCCCAACAUCAGGGUCUUUUCCAGGGAGUCUUCUCUUCUCAUGAGGUGGCCAAAGUAUUGGAGCCUCAGCUUCAGGAUCUGUCCUUCUAGUGAGCACUCAGGGCUGAUUUCCUUCAGAAUGGAUAGGUUUGAUCUUCUUGCAGUCCAUGGGACUCUCAAGAGUCUCCUCCAGCACCAUAAUUCAAAAGCAUCACUUCUUCGGCGAUCAGCCUUCUUUAUGGUCCAGCUCUCACUGCCAUACAUCACUACUGGGAAAACCAUAUGUUAACCAUAGUUUGCAUUUAACCUGCUGCAGAUACAGUGGUACCUCUAGUUACGAACUUAAUUCGUUCCAGAGGUCCGCUCUUAACCUGAAACUGUUCUUAACUAGAGGCAUACUUUCGCUAAUGGGGCCUCUUGCUGCUGCCGCGCCACGGGCAUACAAUUUCCUUUCUCAUCCUGGGGCAACAUUCUCAACUCGAGGUAACUCUUCCAGGUUAGCGGAGUUUGUAACCUGAAGCGUUUAUAACCUGAGGCAUUUGUAACUCGAGGUACCACUGUACAGUGCUACUCCAUAGCUAAUGCAUAAAAGGGAAGCGAGUUUGAAUUCACACAGGGGAGGUGGAAGGGAAGGAGUGUACAAUCUGUGGGAUCCAUGCUGAAUAGAUUAAGACGUGUUAUAUCUUUACCCUAUUACUAUGGAGGCCCAGAUUGCCUAACAACAAAAGAUGUUAACAAACAAAAGAAAACACCACCUUGACACAACCAAGUUCAUCAUUAUCAAAAUACGGAAACAAAACCAUGGUAAAUUAUUUUAGCACACUGAUUUAAUAAUAAUAAUAAUAAUAAUAAUAAUAAUAAUAAUAAUAAUAAAUUUUAUUUAUAUCCCGCCCUCCCCAGCCGAAGCUGGGCUCAGGGCGGCUAACAACAAUCAAAAUAAUCCAACAUUCUAAAAACAUUCAUUAUAAAAUUAAUUAAAAUCAAAUUAAAAUCAAAUUGAUGGCAACCAUUAAGCAAAAUUCUGUGCAGAUUGCCAGAGGAGGGGGUCAAGCAGCGCCCUGACCAAAGGCCUGGUGGAACAGCUCUGUCUUGCAGGCCCUGCGGAAACAUGUCAGGUCCCGCAGGGCCCUAGUCUCUUGUGACAGAGCGUUCCACCAGAUUGGAGCCGCGGCCGAGAAAGCCCUGGCUCUAGUUGAGGCCAGCCUAACCUCUCUGUGGCCUGGGAUCUUCAGGAUGUUUUUAUUUGCAGACCGUAAAUUUCUCUGUGGGACAUACCAGGAGAGGCGGUCCCGUAGGUACGAGGGUCCUAGGCCGUAUAGGGCUUUAAAGGUUAAAACCAGCACCUUAAACCUGAUCCUGUACUCCACCGGGAGCCAGUGCAGCUGGUAUAGUACCGGAUGAAUAUGAUCUCGCAGCGAAGACCCCAUAAGGAGUCUCGCCACGGCAUUCUGCACCCGCUGGAGUUUCUGGGUCAGUCUCAAGGGCAGCCCCACAUAGAGCGAGUUACAAUAGUCAAGCCUGGAGGUGACCGUCGCGUGGAUCACAAUGGCUAGGUCAGGGCGAGAGAGAUAAGGAGCCAACUGCUUAGCUUGGCGGAGAUGAAAAAAUGCCGCCUUUGUUAUAGCUGUAAUCUGCACCUCCAUAGAGAGGGAGGUAUCGAAGAUUACACCCAAACUCUUAACGGACGAUGCUGGCACUAAUUGCACCCCGCAAGAGAUGGGAGUUGCCCCCUCAAUCCCAUAUCGCCCCGUCCCAGCCAGAGGACCUCUGUCUUCGAAGGAUUUAACUUCAACCGGCUUCCACGUAACCAUCCAGCCACAGCUUCCAGACAUCUGGUCAGUGUGUCUGGGGCCGAGUCAGGAUGGCCAUCCAUCAACAGAUAGAGUUGGGUGUCAUCGGCAUACUGAUGGCAACCCAGCCCAAAACUCCGGACAAGCUGGGUGAGGGGGCGCAUAAAAAAAAAAAAUUUAAAAUUUUUGUUGCCUGCCCUUCAUUGUAACAACAAUCUCACAGUGGAUGCGUUAGAUAACUUUAAAAUACUACAUACAGUGGUACCUCAGGUUACAUACACUUCAGGUUACAGACUCCGCUAACCCAGAAAUAGUACCUCGGGUUAAGAACUUUGCUUCAGGAUGAGAACAGAAAUCGUGCUCCGGUGGUGCAGCGGCAGCAGGAGGCCCCAUUAGCUAAAGUGGUGCUUCAGGUUAAGAACAGUUUCAGGUUAAGUACGGACCUCCAGAACGAAUUAAGUACUUAACCCAAGGUACCACUGUAUAAGACAAAACGCAAGAAAGAAAAUAUUAUUCACAAUAUUGACUGCCAGUAAAAUAACGAGCAAACAGCAUUAAACCCCAACAAACACCUGAGUAAACAAGCAUGUCUUUUUGGCUGCUGCUGAAAAUUUGGUGCCUAUUCUAUUUCACAGGAGGAGGACUUUCCUAUUAGGGCACCACCACCAAGUAGGUCCUGCCUUGGGCAGCUACGUAACAAGCUUCAGAUAUCUGUCGCCCCUUGAAGAGUGUCCCCUACAGGCAGGUCUAUGUGGGAGAAAGUGUUCCAUCAAGUAUCUAGGUCCCAAGUUGUAUAGGUUUUCUACUAGUCAAGUUAGUAGAAUAUAUAUAUUUAUUGCAGGUAUAUGACACAAUUAAGGUUACUUCCUUAAAUAUAAUUUUUGUAUUUCGUUUAACAGUAUUUUAAAUGUAUUCUUGCCAACUUACGAUGUGAGCAACACCGCACAACUUGUCUCUUUUUAAGGUAACUUACUUUUUACCUCAAAAAAACCAGUGCUUUAGAUUAUGACUGUAACCCUGCGAUUAAUAACGUGUGUAGCCCAUGCUUGGCAGUUGGAUAGAUGACUGCUGCCUGAAGGUGAAGGAGAAAAACAACAACUCUCUUGCACAUUAAACUAUAUUCUUCUGAGAUGUUUAAUAUUUCAUAUAUAGCUGGGUUAUUUUUGCUUCAAGACUUAAUGUCCAUAAUAAAUGUAUGCCUGUUAAGGUGUACAGCUUGUCAAAUAUUCUUAAAUCUUAACGGCAGUCAGCCAACACUGACAGAUGUAAAAUGAAAUAAUUCAACUCUUAGAUUACUUUUUAUUUCUACUUAAGGUGCCUGAAUUGGGAGGCAGGAAUCAUAAGGGAGCGAUACUUUCAUUGGAACAACUUGUUUGCAAACUGCAAAUGUGAAACAGGUUUUAAAACUUUGCAAAGCUCAUUAAAAUGCAGUUUGAAACCUUAAUCUGUUUUUUCUCAUUUUCAGUAUAUGCUGUCAUCUUAUUUUAUCUCAUGUUUCUGAUUUUAUAGGACACACCAGUGUUUUCAGGUAUCCUAGCAAUGUGUCUUUGUGAUGAUAUUGCCCAGUAGAUGGUGCUGGGCACAUUCAAAUAAAAUGCUAUUUGGACAGAAAGGGGAAAGACACAGUUUAGGAGCCAAGAUGUGAAAGAAGAGAGAAUGUGUGUAGCAUCUUCAAUAGAAGAUAGAAAUGAGUGAUCAGCUAGUAUGCAAAUCUUUCAUGAAGUUGACUGUAAAUAAUAAAUUGAGAUUCCUAAUUUUUCCUUGAAAAAAUAAAAAGAGGAAAAUUAGGUACAGUGGUACCUUGGUUCUUGGACUUAAUCCAUUCUGGGAGUCCAUUUGACUUCUGAAACCGUUCGAAAACCAAGGCGCUUCCAAGCGGAAGCUGCGUUGGAUGUUCGGCUUUCGAAAAAUGUUCGCAAACCGGAACACUUACUUCCGGGUUUGCGGCGUUCGGGAGCUGAUUUGUUCGACAGCUAAGCUGUUCAAGAACCAAGGUACCACUGUAUUUAGAUAAUUUUUCUCCACCACAAUUAUUUAAACACAAAUGCAGAGCAAUGAAGCUGCGUGAUUCCUAUCAGGAGGGCCUGAGGACUACACGUAAGACAAAGAGCACUUUAGAUCAGCAAAAAUAAGUUAUUUUUCCCCCUCCCUCCCCAUGAAUAUUAGAAAGAUAAGUUCUGCCACAGGCAUAGGAUGACAGACUAAAGGCUGAGGUUCUAUCCUAGACAGACUUUUCAAGAGCAUAAGCAUUAGUGAGCUCAUUGAAACUUAUUUCCAAGUAAAGGUAAAUGUAAAGGGACCCCUGAGCAACGGGAGCUCACCCUGUCGCGGGGAUUCGAACCGCCGACUUUCUGAUCGGCAAGUCCUAGGCUCUGUGGUUUAACCCACAGUGCCACCCGCGUCCCUUAUUUCCAAGUAGAUGUGGUUAAAAUUGGGCUAUAAGGCUGAAAUGUAACCAGAAUUAACUGAAAUUAUUCACCUUUCAAUGUUCCUGUUUUUGUUGGCAUGACAGCAUAAAAACACUGUUAUUUCCCUUAAUGCUGCUACAGAAUUCUAUACUGUAUUUGAAUCAUUUCCCUACUGUUUAUUUAUUGUUAUAUCAAUUUACAUCUUUAACAGAGAUGCCAGUGCAGUUUAAACCUCGGAGACAGCCUACCGAACAACAAUAGUCUGCUCUCUAUCCAGCAUUGAGUUAAGCCUAAGCUGUUCAAAGGCGCUUCAGGCCACAGCUAUUGCCUGAGAAUUCAAGAACAGUUGAAACAUGCCCAAGUUACAAACCUACUCCUUAGCAAAGUGUGUGGUCUCCUCCACAACAGUCAUUUUCCCAACCUGAAAGGCCACCAAGUUUGCUACUAUCAAGUAGUUUUAUUUCGUGUAUUUCAGCUAUAGAACAGAUACUUCAUUAACAGUUCUAAGAUAUGUUCUGCUUUUUUCCUCUGCAGAAACCUCCCACUGUUUUCUACAUGGCCACCAGGAAAAAUAGACCACCUUGUUCAUUGCUGUCUAUGGAAAUUUUACAGGUAGUCAAUAAUAAUAUAAAAAAUCUGCCUCUGCAAAAAAAAGUAUAACGAAUAGCAAAUUUGCUACAGUUGUCUGUAGAUUUUUCUGUAACUGGGCUCAUCCAUUUUCCUGUGUCUCAGAUGUUCUCGUUCCAUGAGUUAUUAGAUUUGUGUGUGAGUGAUCUUAGAAGUUUCGUCAAGUUAAAAUACAUAAGUGGUUCUACAGGGGUUACUUUUUAUAAGCUUAUCUGCUCAUUUAGAGCAAAAUCUUAUCUUCUUUAUCAUCUAUUUGGGCUCGAGUUCAGACUGAGUAUAGCACAAAACCAAAAAUAAGAAGCACAAAGUCUCUCAAGUUAAGGGUCCAUUUAAAUCAGACUUAUAUGAUCUGAGUCGGACUUUAAUCUGAAUCAUGGGCAUCCGAAAUGUAUACGUAUUGAAUCAAUGCCAUUUCAUUUCUCUCACUUUAUGCAGGGCUGGUACAACUGUUGUAGCUGACACCCUGAACUCUUACUUUCUGGUUAUUGUGAAAUCAGUAAGUAUCUUAAAAUAAGCUAACACAAUAGCAAUGCCAUAUUGGGUGGGAGGUUACUGCACCACGGAAUUUAUAUUGGCCACAUUGAAAAUGAAAUGUACAUUUUUGUAAUACCAAAAGCCACUUUUUGUGGCUUCAGAAAGUUAGGAUAUCCAUAUAACAAUUCCAAGGGGUUAGCUGUAUUUGUUCUUGUAGCAAAACCACACCCAAAAAGGUUGUGUUGCACUUUAGAUACUAGGUUCUGCGUUCAUUGUCAUAGGAUAUGCAAACAAACCCUAUUUUUUUUGCUUUCCCAAACCGAUUUAAACGUGUGCACCAUUCUUUUCCAUUGACAUAUUUAACUUUGGAUAAUGCCCAGUUUAUAGUUUAGCUAAUAAAGGGGAAUAAUGGUUAAAGUUAAGGAAAUAAUAUCAUAGUUAAUGCAAUACAAUAUAAUACAAAAUUUUCUCUAUUCUUGUAGGGUCGUUGCACGGAGGCAGCAAAGCUGGAUCCAGAGACAAUUAGCACCUGGGAUGGUGAUUGUUCUAACCUUCUUAAUCAAAUUUUGCUCAAAGUAAUUCAAAAGAGAAGAUAG